GCGCGGUGUUUUGUGGGAAAGAUUGAGCCGGUCGCCAUUUUGCUGUGAGAAACAGAGGGAGAGCAGCAAAGGUUGUAGCUUCUAAACAUCUGAAGACACUAUCAGACACGAUGGCGAGUCCGGGGAAAGAGAACUACAGGAUGAAGAGUUAUAAAAACAAAGCACUGAAUCCUCAGGAGAUGCGUCGGAGGAGAGAGGAGGAAGGAAUCCAGCUUCGUAAACAGAAGAGAGAGGAGCAGCUGUUUAAGAGGAGAAACGUUUGUGUUCCAUCCACCGACGAGUCCAUGCUGGAGUGUCCGAUCCAGGAUCCAGAUGUUAGCUCCACUGUACCUGUCGCAGGUGAUGGAGUCAUAACUCCUGAUAUGAUCCAGAUGAUCUUCUCUGACGACCCCGACCAGCAGCUCAUUGCCACACAGAAAUUUAGGAAACUUCUCUCCAAAGAGCCAAACCCCCCCAUAGACGAGGUCAUUUCCACUGCCGGGGUCGUGAACCGUUUUGUGGAGUUUCUGAAGAGGAGUGAAAACUGCACGCUGCAGUUUGAGGCAGCCUGGGCUCUGACCAACAUCGCCUCUGGAACCUUCCUGCACACUAAGGUGGUGAUUGAAACAGGAGCUGUUCCCAUCUUCAUUGAGCUGCUGAACUCUGAGUACGAGGAUGUCCAGGAGCAGGCGGUGUGGGCUCUGGGAAACAUAGCUGGAGAUAACGCUGAGUGCAGAGACUAUGUGCUGAACUGUGGCAUCCUACCGUCUCUGCAGCAACUUCUAGCCAAGUCGAAUCGUCUCACCACCACCCGUAAUGCCGUCUGGGCUCUGUCCAACCUCUGCAGAGGGAAGAACCCACCUCCAGACUUUGCAAAAGUGUCUCCGUGUCUCAGCGUUCUGUCCCGGCUGCUGUUCAGCAGUGACCCUGAUGUUCUGGCCGAUGCCUGCUGGGCUCUGUCCUACCUUUCUGACGGUCCCAAUGAGAAGAUCCAGACAGUGAUCGACUCCGGGGUUUGCCGCAGGCUGGUGGAGCUGCUCAUGCACAGUGACUAUAAGGUGGUUUCUCCAGCUCUCAGAGCAGUGGGAAACAUCGUGACAGGAGAUGACAUCCAGACUCAGGUAAUCUUGAAUUGCUCGGCUCUCCCGUGUUUACUUCACCUCCUCAGCAGUCCGAAGGAGUCCAUCAAGAAGGAGGCGUGCUGGACCGUGUCCAACAUCACUGCAGGAAACAGAGCUCAAAUCCAGAACGUGAUCGAUGCAAACAUCUUCCCCGUCCUGAUCGAGAUCCUUCAGAAGGCUGAGUUUCGUACAAGGAAGGAGGCAGCGUGGGCGAUCACCAACGCCACCUCAGGAGGAACUCCUGCUCAGAUCAGGUAUCUGGUGUCCCUGAAUGCCAUCAAGCCCAUGUGUGACCUUCUGACUGUGAUGGACUCAAAGAUUGUUCAGGUGUCACUGAAUGGGCUGGAGAACAUCCUCAGACUGGGAGAACAGGAGGCCAAACAGAACGGGACGGGCAUCAACCCGUACUGCGCUCUCAUCGAGGAGGCUUACGGUCUGGAUAAGAUCGAGUUCCUGCAGAGUCACGAGAACCAGGAGAUCUACCAGAAGGCCUUUGACCUGAUUGAGCAUUACUUUGGUGUGGACGAGGAGGAUGCCAGCCUGGCCCCACAGGUAGACCAGAACCAGGGCCAGUUUGUCUUCCAGCAGCAGGAAGGACCCAUGGAGGGGUUCCAGCUCUAACCCGGUCCCCUCUACAGCCCCGCCUACUUCUUCUUCUCCUUAGUUUAUAACCCAAACGGACCGCUGACCCUGUCGAGACUUGGACUCGUCUCUGCAGGUAAAAAAACAAAAAACAAAAACGACCCUGUGCAUUGGCCCGUCCUCUGCAGACAGAUGGAGGAGCAGUGAGAGUUUCCCCGCGCUGAUGAUGACGUCUGUUCACCUUUCAAAUGAACCCUGUCUCUAAUCGGACAUUUCUGACUUCCUGUCGUCGUGGUCGCUCAAACGUUGUAAACGGUGUGGAGGAUUUUUCCAAUCAGAAAGCGGACUCUUAAAUCGGCGCUCAUAUCCCGUCUUCAAUGUGAAACUACCUCUGUGCUGUGCAGACAGAAAGCCCGGCGUGAACAGACUGACGUUUCCUUAAUCCUGGCUGAUGGCGGCGUUCAGUAAAGCGGGGGAGGUGUGGAUGUAAAUAAAUGUCCGCUGUACGUCCAGCUGCUCUCUCUCUUCUCCUGUCCCUUUUUAAGGACUCUACGAGCUCCUGGAUGCUCUGAAUCUUUAAUUUAUUUGUCCUGUGAGUCAUGUGGAGCGUCCGCGCCCUCAGCUCUGACUGAAGGCGUCCUGGAUGGUGCAUCCUUGGUGUUUUUGCUGCUUUUCUUCAGCUCUGAGAGCAGGAUCAGGACGCUGCUCUCUGUGUUACAUGAUGCAGUGUGUCGCAGGUUAAAUGAGAUUUUUGUUUUUCUGUUUCUAGCGACGUAACACCUUAACUUAUUUCCUCGCUGCAGUCGUCUGCGUGCUGCGCUGGAUCAGCCGUUUGUAUAUUAUAUAUACAUGUAAGAAAGUCUAAAGAGAGUAUUUAACAGGCUGUGUCAAGCUGUCAUAUGCAAUGAUGUUUGAUGCCGGCCCUGCAGAGCCGGCUGUGUCUUAUUUCUCCUCUCAGCUCGUUGAUUUUGAAGUUUUCUCGUCAGUAUCGGAGGAUUUUGAUCCAUGACGGCCGAAGUCCAGCAGCAUGAAGAGCCCAACAUAAAAUCAAAUGUUUAUAAUGACAUUAAGCACAUUGAAUGGUGUAUAGUUUUCUAAUCUCUCUGGUUUGUAUGAUUGUAUAUCAUUUUUUAGGUUUUGGUAGUGUUUCUGAUUUCUCCUCUGGGGUUUAUUUUGCGGUGUUUUCGUGGCUCUCAGUAGAAAUGUUCAAAACAGGAAGUGUACGCAGAGUGACCCACUUCUACUGUGUAACAAUGACGACUAAUAAACAGAUCUGUUGGAUACAAACCAAACGGCCAACGCCUCUCCAUCUCUUCUGAUCACAUGGAGAAUAAUAAUCUUAACUUUCUUUGUGGAGCACCUCUCAAAGUAAGAGUUUACAAAUACAGAAAGUCAUUAACACAUCUAUGGUCAGGAGAGAGGGAAAGAAGUCUGCAAAAGUCAAAAGUGCUGCACUAUUUAUCUAAUCACAGUAACAGACUUUUCAAUUACAUUAUCUUAUAAAAGAAUGCAAUUAUUUUAGUUUUAAAGGUCACAUAUGCAGAAUACACUUUUCCAGGCUUUUCUAGCAAAAAUAUGUGCGCCUGGCCUGAUCACAAUCCAACUGAGAAUCAGAAAAAUCUUCCCUUCCUUCUCUCUUUCUCCGCCUUUCAGAAACCAGUUCUCAGAUUUUCCCCUUAUGUCAUGUUUGGAGUUGGUCCUGCCCCUAUGUUUGGUUGGCCCUCCCCCGCUUGGAAGAAUGAUCCUCCCUCCUCUCCUGAUCCUGUUCUCAGAGGUCCCCAAAACAUUCCUGUGUUUGCUGCUGAAAAAAACACUCCAGUUUUGCGUGUCU